UGCCGCAUAGAGGAAAGAGUGCCCAAAUGUUACACUGAUGUCCACAAGAUACAGCAUAGGCCAUAAUUUUGCUAUGCGCAGCGAUGAGGCUUCAGCUCUGCUCAUUUUUAAUUGUUUUCUUCCAUUCUUCAUAGAUGGACCACCCGUCUCCAACCUACAUGAUUGCCAAUUUGACUCCUCUGCAUUCAGAACAACUUUUGCAGGGCCUGAACCUCCUCCGGCAGCACCAUGAGCUGUGCGACAUCAUUCUUCGUGUCGGGGAUGUCAAGAUCCAUGCCCACAAGGUGGUGCUUGCCAGUAUCAGUCCAUAUUUCAAAGCCAUGUUCAGUGGCAACCUCUCUGAGAAAGAGAACUCGGAGGUGGAAUUUCAGUGCAUUGCGGAGACGGCUCUGCAGGCCAUAGUGGAAUAUGCUUAUACCGGGACUGUGUUCAUAUCACAGGACACCGUGGAGUCCCUUCUUCCUGCUGCUAAUCUCCUGCAAAUCAAGCUUGUGCUGAAAGAGUGCUGCACCUUCUUGGAAAGCCAGCUGGACCCUGGCAACUGCAUCGGGAUCUCCCGCUUCGCGGAGACCUAUGGCUGUCACGAUCUCUACCUGGCCGCCAACAAAUACAUUUGCCGGAACUUUGAGGAGGUUUGCCAGACGGAAGAGUUCUUUGAGCUCACCCAUUCCGAGCUGGAGGAGAUUGUCUCCAAUGACUGCUUGAACGUGGUGACGGAGGAGAUGGUCUUCUGUGCGCUGGAGUCCUGGAUCAAGUAUGACGCGCAGGAGCGUCAGAAGUACCUGGCCCAGCUGCUGCACGGUGUGCGGCUGCCCCUGCUGAGCGUCAAGUUCCUCACGAGGCUGUACGAGGCCAACCACCUCGUUCGCGACGACCGCACCUGCAAGCACCUCCUGAACGAGGCCCUGAAGUACCACUUCAUGCCCGAGCACCGGCUGUCCUGCCAGACCGUGCUGACCACUCGCCCUCGCUGCCCCGCGAAAGUGCUCUGCGCCGUUGGGGGGAAGGCCGGGCUCUUCGCUUGCUUGGAGAGUGUUGAGAUGUACUUUCCUCAGAACGACUCCUGGAUAGGGUUGGCACCUCUGAGUGUCCCUCGCUUUGAGUUUGGCAUUUGUGUCCUCGACCAGAAGAUCUACGUGAUCGGAGGGAUUGCGACCCACAUGUAUCAAGGCAUCAACUAUCGGAAAAACGAAAACUCUGUGGAAUGUUGGGACCCAGACACAAACACUUGGACAUCCCUCGAAAGUAUGAAUGAGAGCCGGAGCACCCUGGGGGUGGCCGUGCUGGCCAGAGAAAUCUAUGCCCUGGGGGGCUAUAAUGGACAGUCCUACCUGCAGUCAGUGGAGAAGUACAUUCCGAAGGUGAAGGAGUGGCAGCCGGUGGCGCCCAUGAGCAAAACCAGGAGUUGCUUUGCCGCAGCUGUUCUGGACGGGAUGAUCUAUGCCAUCGGUGGCUAUGGGCCGGCUCAUAUGAACAGUGUGGAACGUUACGAUCCUGGCAAAGACUCCUGGGAGACGGUCGCUCCGAUGGCUGAUAAAAGAAUAAACUUUGGCGUUGGAGUGAUGCUGGGCUUCAUUUUUGUGGUCGGAGGGCAUAACGGGGUGUCCCACUUGUCCAGCAUUGAGCGGUACGACCCUCACCAGAACCAGUGGACUGUUUGUCGGCCAAUGAAGGAACCCCGGACAGGAGUUGGCGCCGCUAUAAUUGACACCUACCUUUAUGUAGUUGGUGGGCACUCGGGGUCAACAUACCUGAACACCGUACAGAAAUAUGACCCCAUAUCAGACAGCUGGCUGGACACAGCAGGAAUGAUGUACUGCCGGUGCAAUUUCGGUUUGACUGCGCUUUGAAGAGGCAGCACGGAGGACUCGACUGGCACAGGAGGUGCCCGGCGCGUGGAGACCAGAAGCUGUGUGUCUUGGCGUUGGGAGGAACGGGGGACGCUUAACUGAAAUGCAGACAGGUUAAUCCCCACUGAGAAUUGUUCCUGGUUAUUCUUGAUGAGAUGGAAGUGGGGAGGAGAACAGAGUCCCCCGUCUUUCAAAGGGGGAUCCAGGCCACGUGCUCUCGCUGGCAGGGCACCCCUUUUCUCGGUACGCGAGGCGCCAAGGGGCCGGACGCGGGUGUGGGACCCCCUGACGCAGAGCCCGUGCCUCUCCUCCUCAGACUGAUGCAGGUAACCUGGCUGAAAGCGUGGGAUCCGCUGAGUAGGCCGCACAGACUGUCUUGGUAGACGCCGGGCUCCACGUUUGAAGUUGGGAGAUGAUCACAGCUUCACAUUUUUUAUGAACUGUUAAUUAAAGGGCUGCUCCCCCCCCCCCACACACACACCACAUAUUACUCAAGGAUUGUAAAUAGCCAAUGCCAUCGUCUGUGUGCCUACACUUUAGCCCACCUACCCCUCUUUUGUUAACUUGCUCAAGAGCAUUUGAGGUUUGUAACAAAGGGUAGCUACUGUAUGUGGACAGGCUGGAUGCCUUUUAAGUACUGCCCCCACCCCGGACCUGCCCACCUAUCCACCUGUCUCCCUGCCGUGGCUUACAAGCCUGGAGAUCCGUGGCUUGCAAGCCUGGCAGAGAUAAACGUUUGCCUCAGCAAGCCUCCGCGUCUCUUGGGUUGUGUGAAACACUGACCGAGUUUGCAUGCUCAGAGUAGCCCACCUUAAAGAAGCCCGGGGAGCUGUGGGGCAAGGAACAGGCGACGCUGCCAGGCGGCGGAAAUCCAGAGUGGCUGCCUACGCGCUCAAGCCCCUGUGGACGGCUCAGUGGCAGGAAAAGGCCUGUAUCUCAGCAUUUCACAGCGCAUGUGUGAAUCCGGUAGUGUCCUCCAUCUCCACCAUAUGUCUCUGUUCACUGGCCCACAUGCGGUUCUGAAGGCCGCGCGUCCGUGUUUUCAGAGUGCCCUGACUUUACCAUGGUGCUAAAUGAUCCGAUUUCUAGCAGGCCAUUCACAACCUAAGGUGACGAUCCUCUGCACAUUUACAGGAGAGUAAGUUCCACUGAAAUCAGCAGCCUUCUGCCUGUCUGUCCGUCCGUCCGUAUGAUUGCCCUGCACGGAUGGAUUGCCCUGGCGGAAGCAAGGGGUCCGGCUGGUGUGCUCUGCAGGCCGCAGCGGGAAUGCUGCCCUGAAGCACAGCAGGCCCUUGCGAUCGCCUCCUUUCCUCGUGUUCCUUCCUGUUACCUCAGGCGUGCCUGUGAGAAACGUCAGAGCGUCGACCUCAUAAUAUUUCGCGAAUUGGCCUGCUGUGAGUAAAUCAAGCAGCUGCUUAAUGGCAUCUGAACAGGGAGUGUGCCCUCCCCUGCAGACUGCCUGCCUGCCUGCCUGCCUGUGCGCUUGCCUGUUUGUAAGAAGCGCUUAAGUGGGGGCUCUGAUUCUGCCCAUCACUUGCUUUGGGGUUCUUCUCCCCAAGCGCAGCUGCUCAGCCACCCUUCACUUCGGUAGGACUUCCCGAUUCGUGGGCUGCGCGUGCGCAAGAAAAGAAAGUCGUCCUCUUCAGAGUGACCUAAGGUCAGAGGGUGAAGCAAACCCAUGUGCAGUGAUCCUUAUUCCCUAUUGCCAAAACGAUUUCUUCAGAUUUCUGUUGCGUAUGUUUUCCAGUGUAUAUUUCCUCUUUGUACAAGGAGUUGUACUUUAAUUUGCUGUUCUGGUCUCCCUCUUUUAAGAACUGAUUUUUCCCAACUCUCCGUCUAAUACAUGUUCAUUGUUUUCCCAUGUCCUGUAUUCACAGACUUGCAAUAAUAUUGGGGGGGGGGUUGCUUUUUAAGCCUUGUACUUCUGGAUACUUGAACGGUGAUUUAAGGAUUGACAUCCUGUCUCAAAUGCAAGUCAUGCAAAUGGCAGUUGAGAAAGCCGUUCUUCCAUGGGCUAAUGUUGAGGCAAAAACUGGGCAAGCACACCUCCUCUUUCAGCCAUUUUUUUUUUAAAGUUGCAUCACCUUUCUGCCAGCACUUGAACAUACUUAUCAGUCCCUGGAACUCUUCAGGUAUCUGGGGAGCCCGGCAGAGUUUCAAGCAGCUGACUGACCAAACGAGCACUUUCUGCCUGGCGGCUUCAGAGAGGCCUGUCGACUCUUAUGCAGCAAUAAUAGCACCGUGCAGCGCUUGCGUUGAUUCUCCAAUGUACAGAAUUGUGUGCUUGGAGGACUCGUGUUCAUUUCGCUGAAGCUUGCUUCGGGAGGUCUUCGGUACAGGCUGUGUGUGUUUGAAGGGGGCAGUCUGAGCAUCUCCGAGGAAAUCAAGGCUGAUGCCUGCUUCAUUUCCAGGGCAUUUAAUUUUAGCUCUAGAAAAUGCUUUGUUAAAUGGCUUCGUCUCGCUUCAAGAUGUCUCUGAACAAAGAAGCGUAUUAAUGGCCAGGGUAAGGCGUGGACUGAGGGAACAGCUCUACACAGACAACAGAGACACAUGACUGAAGUUUUAAAUCACAAGGGCGGGGGAGAGUAUAAGCAACGGCUGUGCUUGAAGGAACUCCCAUGUUGUCUGCCAUGUCAUUGCGUCUCUUGCCAAACAUGACCUCAAGCUGUUGUCAUAGGCAGUUGUGAGAAUUUCUCGUGGUAUUUCAUGAUGCCUGAGCAAGGGAUGUGUUUCGUUUCAUUCUGCUUUGAAAGAACAAUUGGCUCCUGGCCAAGGCAAGGUUUGCUAUUCUUAAAGCAACCUGUUCUUAGUGUGGUAGCUUUUAAAAACAUCCAGGUGCUCCAGGUACUUGGAGGGCGGUUCUUCUUGGGCAGCUCGGCUGGCAGAACCGUCUGGUUACUUGGAACGAGCCUGCGGGGAGCUUUGCUCCCAGCGAUGAGCAUCGCCUCCCUCCGUUGCACACCAGGAGGCCGAGGAGCCAUCAGCCCCGCUGUGGCCAGGAGUGGGCCGGUGCCUUGAAGGGCACUUCAGGCCCUCUGUCUGUAGCAAAUGCAGGGAACUGUGUAUCCCAGUGAACUCGCCACAGCGGCUUCCUGGGAGCUUCGUCUCCUGCUCUGUUUCCUUUGGCGAGCGGACAGCCAGCGCCAGCACUCGCAAGCUGCAGGAACCUUCUGUCCAGCAGUGCGCCUGCCUUUGCCUUCGAGACGCAGCACGGUCACCCAGCUCUGCGGAAUCGCUCCGUCGACUGGGGCAUUGCUGAAGAGGAAGCCCUUCACGGCUCAGUGGCUGCUUUGCUCAGGCUGCUGUUUUUCAAGGCUGAGGUUGAACGUGUAGCGCUGCAUGGGCAUUCGGGAGGGGGAGCAUUCCCAUGCAAGCACCACUGACUUGGGAAGGCAGCUAGAGAACAGGGAGGGCCCUUUCCGUGGCAGCCUCUUCCGGGCAGAACUCGAAAUGGCUUUCAGUCUCCUUUGGGAAAUGGACGGCCGCCUGGCCAGCAGGGAGCAGCAGCCAGGCUGGCCGUGGGCACAAGUGCUGUGAAGUGAAGGGAGCUGAAGGGGGGUGAGCGAGCGAGAGGCCAAGGGGCUGCCCCCUGAACCAGCGGCAUCCCCGGGCAGCUGCCUCGACUUCCCUUUUCGUCUCUUCCCGGCCCAGCAGAGGUAGUUAAACUCCUUGUUGCUUUGCGACUCCUUUCCUUGCGGGAAAGAACAGGAACUCUCUCCACGCUUGCCUUAAACACCUUCGAAUUCAUCAGCGAACCGGCGAUUACCCUCUCUUUGCCUUAGAUGCUGUGCUAGCACCUCCUUGGCCCGAGGAAAAGGUAGCAGGACGCUGGCCCGGGCCGGGGGCGCCUCCCGGAAUUGUCGGCAACGCAGGUUGCUUGAGGAGCCUCUUCCACCUUCCUGCCAGCACGUCUCGUACCUUCCCUCCACCGCCACCUUUCCUUGCAAAGGUGACACUCGAGUUGGGGGGGGGGUAACUGCCCGAUGUCUUGUUCUUCUGUGUUUGCUCAAUGUGAUGAUGCUCUGUUUGCACUGUAGCCGCAUUUCCUUUGAAUGGACGACGUUUACUAAAUAAACCUGAAAGCAAGUCAUCCA